AAUCAAUCGAAGCUGCUACGGAACGCACUGGAGCUCGCGUUCGCGUGUCAUACAUACAGUAGUUCGAUCGUGUUUUUUGGGGUGGGAAGGUGUAAAUUGUCAUCUACUUUGGUGGUGUUGUGCAUUUUUUUGUGAAUGUGUUUUUCGUUCCCCUUGCAGACAAGUGCGACAGGAAGCGAAGAGAGUGAAAGAAUUUCCCGCUAAGUGGAGUCACUAAGUGGGCAGGAAGUGGUAGGAAGUUGGUUGAAGUGCGAGUGUGAGUGUGUGUGUGUGUGUGCUUGUUGCUUGUUUUAACGCGUAGAAAAAGGUUUAACCAUUCAGACGCAAUCGACAAGUGGGAAAAAGAUGGAUAAUGGAUGUUUCAAGGAUUAACUACACCAUUUAGAGCGGAGUGGUGGUGUUUGGCGUUGGAGGAGAAAAGUUAUGCACGGCGAACAGAAGGCGCACACGAUUAACAUGAACAGUUUUUAAAAGACUAUGGAUUGGGUUAACACAUGGAAACUAUGAAGCAAAUAGCGGUUGUGAUGAUUCUUCUCAACAUCAGCUACGGUCAGUUCUCCCGCUCGCAGUCGGUAGACAUCGACGAGCCGCACACGUACACCCCACCGAAGCACUACUUCCAAACGUCCUCCUUUGACGAGGCCGAGCUGGAAGACGACGCGGCAAAAAACCCGCUCGAUCGGGGGCCCUACUUUGACAUCUCGGCUUCGCGAAACGUCACCGCGCUCGUCGGCAACACGGCCUAUCUGAACUGUCGCGUGCGCAACCUCGGCAACCGCACGGUGUCCUGGAUCCGGCACCGGGAUCUGCAUUUGCUGACGGUGGGCAAAGCAACGUACACGUCCGACCAACGCUACCAGAGCGUGCACAAUCCCCAGCUGGACGACUGGUCGCUAAAGGUCCUGUACCCGCAGCAGCGAGAUUCCGGUGUGUACGAGUGUCAAAUCUCCACAACGCCACCGGUCGGCUACUCCAUGAUGUUGUCGGUUGUUGAGCCCAUAACGACCGUUAUCGGAGGACCGGAUCUGUACAUCGAUACCGGAUCGACGGUGAACCUUACCUGUAUUGUUAGGCACCUUCCCGAACCACCGCCACUCAUACAGUGGACCCACAACGAACAGGAAAUCAACUACGAUUCGCCACGUGGUGGUGUGUCGGUGAUUACGGAAAAGGGCGACAUAACGACCUCCUAUCUGCUAAUCCAGCGCGCCAAGUCCACCGAUUCCGGCAAGUACACGUGCCUGCCAUCGACGGCGAACCCGAUGACGGUGAACGUCCAUGUGCUUAAUGGCGAACAUCCGGCAGCGAUACAGGGCAGCAAAGGAUUGCAUGGCAGCACCGUACUCACACUCGUGCUGAUGGUGCUUUUGAUUGUGGCGUUCCCAGUGCGAUAAGAUUCGUCCCAAAGCAAUUCAUUUGCAUGUCAAUCGAUGCCAUUUUGCUUUCGCGAGCAGUUUAUUUCCCAUCCCGUUGCUGUCGAGGAAAUAGUUUCAGUUUAUUUAACGAGAAAGUUGGGUGUCUGGUUGGAAAAUUGGUGAUCGUGCAAUGCUUCGAAUGCUGUGUAGCGUUAUGUCAAAAUAGGAAGCACUCAACUAUUUCAAUCAUAGUAGGCGAAUGAAUGCGUUAAAUUAUGUUAUGCGUUAAAGUGGAAAAUUAAUUUAAAAUAACGUUCCAACGAAUUAAUAUGUUUUGUAUUUAUUAUAGUUAAAUAAUUUGGCCCAAUCAAGGAUAAAUUCAAGCAAUGAAAGACCUAUCAAACCAACUUAAAGUUUUGAAUUAAAUAAAAAAAAGCACAUGAGUUGCACAAUUUCCAUAGGAACGUCGAUAAAAUGGCUGAGAUAGCGUGUAAUGGCCGUGUGACGAAGACGUUAAUACUACUAAAAGUAAUUGUAGCUAAGGAAUUCUGUAAAUAAUUGCAGCAUGCUGUAAGCUGGCCACAUUGCAACACAUAAUACAAAACUAAAGUAAUACCAAAAGAACAUAAAUGAAGGAACUGUUUUGAGUCGCAACGAGUGUAGCUACGAGUGUCGCGUGACAUUAAUUUGCAAAACCGAUAGCAAACCGAUACCGAGAGUGUGUGAACGGCCCCGUGUGUAUAUUGGACAUUAACUGGAAAUUGCAAAAUCCUCUUGAUUCAUGGUAGUGAGCGCCACACAUGUGUACGCCAGCGCCCGAUAACAUUUGUUUUUUUGUCCCUCCCCCCCACGGCAUGCGGAUCUUUAAAUAUACAUUCAUCAUGCUGCAAACAUGCUACAUGUUGGCCACUGCUGAUACGCAUACUAUUUCCUUUCUGCGCAUACCACUUCCCGCACCGCUCGGUGGAGCAAGACAGAUGACGUCCGUUCAUCUUUGACAGGAUAAGAGGGUACGGGAAUAAAAAUGGCGUACCGGCGGUAACAAUGAAGCAUUUCGCUGCCAACCUGGCCGAGAAGUGGUGAAAGGGCCCGAGUGAUGUUUUUUUAAGGACAACUGGACGAUCCUUUGUUACCCGAAGGAAGGGGUUUUUUCUAUCUUCUAGCUCCACUUUUACCAGAAGCUUUUGCAUUUAGCAGGAACAGUAAGAAGAAUCGGGAAUAAAAUAAUAUAUCAGUGAGCGUGUUUCGGCACAACGACAUAAAGGACGUUCGAUGUGCGGAUCACAAAACACGCGCUCUGUAGUCGCCUAGCGGGCGAGGUAGAUAAAAACAAAUCUCGUGAAGAUAAAUUAUUCCGGAAUGAAUGUUUCGUACUUUUGGCCGGGAGGCCACCUUUACACGCCCCUGUCCGGUUGGUACGGAAUGGGUUUUCUUGUUUUUUUUUUGUUGAGAUGUGUUUGUUUCUUUUAAGCUGGCCAAAAAACAAAGGGAAAACGUGCGGCACACGGAGGCAAGAAUGGAUGGUUUUGGCAAAAUUUGCUGGCAAGCAUGACUAAAAGAUUCUCCACUAAAGAUAGCAUGAUAGUUGCGAAAGCUCAAUAGAAGGAAUGAACAGUGUGCUUUUUAAAAAGAAGAUUUUAUCAUAAGACGUUUCUCAAGUCCAAUCAAGAUCCAGUGAGUAAAGUCUAACGGGUGAUUGAAUGGUUUGAAAAAUGGCCCACAUAUUGUUUUAAUUCCAAAUAAGUUGAACGAUACAUUCUCUACCUCUUCCUAGUUUCCUUCAUUUUCCUAAUGAAAUAAUUAAUCAAUAUAAUUUCCGUACACAUGCCAAAUAAAGGAACAUUGAAUGAAACACUUGUAUAUAGUAUAACUGGCUCUCGAUAGGAUAAAAAAAGGUUACGCAGUUGGAGGGAAACAGUUCGGCAUUACUUCAUUUUAUGUCACAUCCACAUUGCCCCAGCACCACCGGUGUAAAAAGCAGCGUGGAUUAAUGUGACAAAAGUGUUAAAAAUACAAAACGGAAAACAUACAUUUUCAUAGUACCAGGUAGCAACUACGAGGUGAUGAUAAAUGAUUGAUAUUCGUUUUUCCUCCCCCCCCCUGUCGCACAAAUGGGACUCUAAAUCGAUCCGAUCCCAACCAUGGCGCAUGGUGUCGAUCGGAGGCAAAUGUGUUUUUUUGUUUGGUCACGGAAGACGUUUAGAAUAGGGCAAAGCCACAAAUCAUGAAACAGAAAGGGAAAAGAAAAGAAAAACUAGAUGAAAGCAACGGAAAAUCGUCCAGAAGGACGGAGGAUUAUAUAGCUAUUUUACAUUG